GGCCCCCUUUCCCGGGAUCACCGCACAGGGGGCGGAGCAUUAAGAGUUGGAGAGUUCAUGCUUCAGACGGCACAAACUUACGUCAACUUUUCGUCAUGGCUGCCCGCGUUUGCUUAGGUCGCGGCCAGCGGGCUGUGGCUGGACUGGGGACGGUGACCCGCGCGAGCCACAGCUCUGUGCCGCGAGCUCAGUAUGACGCGGUGAUCAUUGGAGGAGGACACAAUGGAUUAGUGGCUUCUGCCUACCUGCAGAAGGGUGGUCUGAAGACAGUGGUUCUGGAGAGGAGACACAUUUUGGGAGGAGCCGCCGUGACUGAGGAGCUCUUCCCAGGGUUUCUCUUCUCCAGAGCCUCAUACCUGCUCAGUCUGCUAAGGCCACACAUCUACAAGGACCUGGAGUUAAAGAAGCACGGGUUGAAGGUGUUCAUGCGUGACCCCCAUGCUUUCACACCGAUGCUGGAGGAGGGGGUGGGGGGGCGACCCCCCCGCUCUCUGCUGCUUGGGUCCGACAUCACCAAGAACCAGGACGAGAUCGGAAAGUUCAGCAAGAAGGAUGCUCAGGCGUACCUGGCCUUCCUGCUUCACCUGGAGAAGUUGGCGUGUGCCAUCCACCCCCUGCUGGACGCUCCGCCCGUGGACGUGCCUGGGGUCACCCAGGGGUCACUCAGGCGGCGCCUGGGCGCCCUCAAAAGCCUGCAGCCCCUCCUGCGCAGCGGGCUGAGACUGGGAAAGAACAUUCCAGACUUCUAUGAACUUGUCACUGCUCCCAUAAUGAAGAUUCUGAACCGCUGGUUUGAGUCAGAGCCUCUGAGGGCCACACUAGCCACAGACUCAGUGAUUGGAGCCAUGACCAGCCCCAGUACACCAGGCAGCGGGUAUGUCCUGCUGCACCAUGUAAUGGGGGAGCUGGAGAAGGAGAAGGGGUCGUGGGGUUAUGUGGAGGGGGGCAUGGGGGGCGUGUCCAAAGCCAUCGCCAAGUCAGCCCAGGCCCUGGGAGCAGACAUCUUCACUGAGAAGACUGUUGAGAAGGUUCUCGUGGGUUCCGAUGGCCGAGCCCAGGGAGUGGUUCUACAGGAUGGUACAGAGAUCCGCAGUAAAGUGGUUUUGUCCAACGCUACGCCGCACGUCACCUUCACGCAGCUCACCCCACAGGAGUCUCUACCAUCAGAGUUCAUCAAAGCUGUCAGUCAGAUUGACUAUACCUCCCCUGUCACCAAGAUCAAUGUGGCUGUGGAUCGGCUGCCAAACUUCCUGGCGGUGCCCAACACAGCCGAGGGUGUGCCGGGGCCUCAUCACCAGUGUUCCAUCCACCUCAACUGUGAGAGCGUAGAGGUGCUCGAGGAGGCCUACAGAGAAAGCCAGCAGGGGCGCCCAUCAUCCAGGCCCAUGCUGGAGAUGACCAUCCCCUCUGUGCUGGACGCAUCUCUGGCGCCCCCUGGCUGCCAUGUGGUGUCCUUCUUCACUCAGUACACCCCCUACAGCCUGGAGGGGGGAAGAGCCUGGAAUGAAGAGGACAAGCAGAAUUACGCUAACACUGUGUUUGACUGGGUGGAGCAGUAUGCCCCAGGGUUUAAGAGCUCCAUUGUAGGGACGGACAUCCUCACACCCCAAGACCUGGAGAGGGUGUUUGGACUGACUGGAGGGAACAUCUUCCAUGGUGCCAUGUCAUUGGACCAGCUCUACUUGGCGCGACCUUUGCCCUCCAUGGCUGACUACCGCUCUCCAAUCAGUGGCCUGUACCUAUGCGGCAGCGGCGGCCACCCAGGUGGAGGUGUGAUGGGAUCUGCUGGAUGGAACUCAGCUCUUACUGUCCUGUCUGACAUGAAGAGAGGCUGAGACUUCAAUCAACACUCGCACACACACAUACACACACACACACACAAACUUAAAUCUUGCUCUUACUCCCUCACGCACACGCAUACACACGCGCAUACACACACACACACACACAUCACUGCCUCCCCAGCACUCCACUGCCUGUGUCUGUCUGUGAAUCAGCUUCAGUAGAGACGUCCAUGUGCUGGGUCAUCUCUGCUCCGGUUCAGCCCUGUGCUGUUCUGGUUCAGCUCUGUGCUGUUCUGGUUCAGCUCUGUGCUGUUCUGGUUCCGCUCUGUGCUGUUCUGGGUCAGCUAUGUGCUGUUCUGGUUUUCACUCUGGGAAGGACAUGUUGACCUUGGCUGUUUGUUAUUUUGUGAAAGAUUUAAAAAAAGUCAUGAAAUCUG